UCUCCUCCUACAGUCUACCCAGACGGCCGUGUCUGCAUCUCCAUCCUCCACGCCCCCGGAGACGACCCCAUGGGAUACGAGAGCAGCGCCGAGAGAUGGAGCCCCGUCCAGAGCGUGGAGAAGAUCCUGCUUUCUGUCGUUAGCAUGUUAGCAGGUAACACACAGGGAGCCGGAACGAUAGCGUGCGUAAGACGCGGGUCUAAAAUGUGGCGUGAGGACCGAGAGCAGUUCUACAAACUCGCCCAGAAGAUCGUACGCAAGUCGCUGGGCCUCUAGAGAUGAUGUCAUCAACCCCGCGGCGCCCGGCGUGGCGCUCUGUGUUUGCGUGUCUUCUCCUCUUUUCUUUUUCUUUUUCACUCUGAGAACAAACGUGCAGCGACGGCGAAGAUCUGAGCCACACACAGGGCGCCACCCGCGGACACGUUUGGAUCCACUCAGAAUUCAAAAGUUACUAAACUUUAAAUCUACCGAAAGUCGACAGAAGAAGAAGAAGAAGAAACCGGCCAAUCGCUCCACACCGACAGCAGCGAGAUGUCUGAUUGUUCAUGUCACUACCAAUUAAAAGGGGAGAUAUAUAUAAAUAUGCAAAGUAAAACUCGUCUUCAUCACACAAA